AUGUUCACCGAAACCGCCACAGCGUCCGUCGCGGUCGAAGAUGCCGACGCAGUGGUAUCAUUCUGCUCUUCGCACCGUCUCAGCCGUGAGGCCUUCUACGUUGCCGCUUGGACGUAUACUCUCAGCAUUUACAGUGCGUCUUCGGCCGUCAGGACCAAUCUUGUCCAGGAGAGUCAGGAGGAUGCUUGCCUAACUAUAUCGCCGGUCUCUGCAACAAUUGAGGGACACAUGAACAUUGUUGAGGCCUGUUUGGCGCCAAAUACCAGUGAAAGAUGCUCAGGCAUUGACCGCGAGAGAUCUCACAGGCAAAGUGCGGCUGAGAGUAGUAUACACGAUGGUGGUUCUGUGAUGGGAUUCGUCCAUGACAACAACACGCAGCUAUUCGAUGAUUUGAGGAGAUCUUUCAAGGUCAGUCUCGUUAUCAAUCAUCGAAACGAUGUCACCCUGCAAUACCUCCAGCAGUCAUUGCCGGCGCUCUCAGCAGAGGCAUUCUUGGAAACCUUCACAACCAUCGUGAACCGAUUCGCGACAAGCCGUCCCGACACAAUCCUUAACGACCUCGAUGUUCUCGGGCCAGUGAAUCGGGCUACUCUAGAAUCAUGGAGCCCCCGCUGCCUUCCAGCCGUGGAACGCUGCAUCCACGAAUACGUUGACGAACAUGCGAAACUCAACCCUUUCAAAGAAGCUGUGGUUGGAACCGAGGGCCUGAACUUCACUUACGCACAACUUUCCUCGCUCUCAAACAGACUGGCGGCGUAUCUCAUCAAACUUGGCAUCAAAAAGGGCGAAGUGAUUCCCAUCUUGUUCGACAAGUCACCUGUUGCCGUGCUUGCCAUUAUCGCAAUCAUGAAGGCGGGAGCUGCCUAUGUCGGGUUCAGCGCAGAAACACCGGUCAAUUUUCUGCGGGAAUGCUCAUCCAUCGCUGACGUCCCGCUCAUCAUCACAAGCCCGCAGCACGCCAAGCUGGCUGAGAGAAUUGGCAGGCGGGCACUCAUUUUAGAUCAAGCUUUUCUCACGACUCUUUCGAGUGCUUCGACUGUCGAACUCUUUCGAUCACCCGCACAACCUUCCGAUCUAGCAUACCUGGUCUUCACCUCAGGGUCUACCGGGGUCCCAAAGGCCGUCAUGAUCGAACACAGAGCCUACAUAACAGACGCCCUCGCCCAACAGAAAGCCGCCCUCCUCGACGCCGACUCCCGCGUCCUCCACUUCGCCUCCUACAACUUCGACGCGACCAACUUCGACAUCCUCAGCACCCUCAUCGCAGGCGGCACAAUAUGCGUGCCCACCGAAUUCGACCGCAUCAACCGCCUCGCCGGCGCCAUCGACGACCUCCGCGCCAACUUCAUCGGCGUCACGGCCACCCUCGCGCAGACGCUCGAGCCGGACGACGUGCCGUCCCUCAGAGUGGUGAUCCUGUGCGGCGAAGCCAACAACACGGAGCUCGUGCAGAAAUGGAGCAAGUCCGGGUCUCACGCGAGGGAUGUGGUGAAUGGGUACGGGCCUUCGGAGGCGUCGUGCGCAUUCUCUUACAAUGUGUACACGCGACAGUCACCGCGGGCGAAUAACGUUGGACGUGCACUGGAGGGGGCGUGUUGGGGAUGGGUUGUCAAUCCGGAUAACUACAAUCAGCUUCUGCCUGUUGGUGCAAUCGGCGAGCUUCUGAUUCAAGGGCCGACGCUGAGCAGAGGGUACUUGAGGGAGCCGGAGAAGACGGCCAAAGCGUUCAUUGAGGGUCCGUCGUGGUUGCCGAAAGAGACCGCAGAGGAGUUGAGGAGACUUUAUAGGACGGGCGACCUUGUGCGCCAGCUUCCUGAUCAGUCUUUUGAAGUCUUUGGACGGGUUGAUACACAAGUUAAGUUGAACGGACAGCGCGUUGAGCUUGGUGAGAUUGAGAAUAAGAUCAGUCGAGUUCUUGGGGAUAAGUACAUCAUCGCGGUGGAGGCUGUGCGUCCGUCUCCGCAGGAGCAGUCCAAGAUGUUGAUCGCAUACUACGCGCCCAAACUAGGCAGCCAUCAGAAAGACAUACCGGUGCUUGAUAUCAUCAACACGAGCGAAGGUGCGGUUGUGGACGUUCAAAACACCCAACGAAGGCUUUCCGAUGACCUGAAAGCCGUCGCAAUCCCCAAAGCAUUCAUCCCGUUGCGAUUCAUGCCCGUAACCACCCAAGGAAAGCUUGACCGGAAGUUCCUGCAAGCUCUUGGCAGCCACCUCGACGAUGAAUCACUGGGCGCUUUCUCCGGGCGUGCGGAGCCCGUGAGAGGUGAUGUUAUUACUACAUAUACGGAGAAAACGGUUCAGCAACUCUUCGCAAAGACUCUCAACUUGAGCACGGAGUCAAUUUUCCGGGACUCAGACUUCUUCGCCUUAGGAGGAGACUCUGUCAAAGCUAUCAAGUUGGUAGCUCUAGCACGAAAGCUGGGAAUCAGUCUUUCCGUACCGAACAUCUUGCUCAAUCCCAAGGUCUCAUCCUUGGCAUGUUUGCUAGGACAGCAAGAGAACACGCCAGAGACUACAAUCGAGUAUCAUCCGUUCGACUCGAUCGUUGAUGAAACGCUCAGAGACGAGGUUAUGGAACGAGCGGCAGAUUUAAUUCCAGUGGACGACGAGGUCGAGGAUGUGAUCGAAGCUACGGACCUGCAAGCUUCUUGCGUGGCGUUUUCGACCUACAAGGAGGAGCGUCGUGGAAUCAACUGGCUCUUAUGCGAUUUUGUGAAACCGCAAGACGAGAAAACUGUUCGGCAGAUGUGCAAGUGGUUGACAUCAAGGCACGGGACUCUCCGCACAUCCUUCAUGGCGUUCCGACGAACCUUGUAUCAAGUUGUUUCCAAGUCCUUCCAGCCGCCGAUCAAAACGCGUCUUCACCUAAUGGACAUCCAAGACGCAACGAUGUAUAUCAUGGAAGAUGACUUACUAGAUAGAGACGUCGACAUGGCUCAGCCGCAGACGGCCUUUGAGUUACUCUCCCAUGGGGACUCGUCCAGCAUCGAGAGACUCGUCAUUCGCCUCUCCGCCGCCCAGUAUGACGGCCAGUCCGUGGCUAUCCUUCGGCGCGAGAUGAGCUCCUUUCUCGGCAACACCCAAGACGAUAACCCCAGUGGACACCUAAUCGCUCAGAUAAAGGGCAGCUAUCCCGGCUACUUACAUCACGCACGACAGGUGGAAUUUGACCAUGGCAUCGAAUACUGGCGUAAUCUCCUGGCGGACGCCAAAAUGACACAGAUCACGAGUUGUACUUCCAGGCCUGGGAAUUCCCCGUCUGGCUUGAACUUUGUCGACGGAGUCCUCGUCAAGAUGGUCAAGACACAACUAUUGGAUCUGACCACCACGCAACCGAUGAUCGCCACGAAAGUACGCUCCAGCCGUAGCACCCGAGCCACGAUCGUCAAGACAGCAUGGGCACUCACCCUGGCCGAGCUAACAGGAGAAACGGACGUCGUGUUUGGCUCAACCGGCUGGGGACGUAACAGCCCCGUGGACUUUGCCCAAGACGUGAUGGGCUCUUGCACUUCACACAUCCCAACGCGCGCUCAACUCAACCGUUCUGCCGGCGACCAAAACUCACGAAUUACUUACGGCGAAUUGGUAGAAGAGCUACAGGCUCAGCACGUUGCGUCCAUGCGAUUCGAGAACAUCGGAGCCAACACGAUCGUUGAGAAAUGCACCUCUUGGCCGCGUUGGACGCGCUUCUCGUCGCUGUUGGUCUUUCAGGGGUUGGAUAUUGAGCCGUCGCAUCGAAACGUGGGUAACGGCAACAACAGUCAGAAACCUGCUGCAUCAGUCAGAUUUACGGAGAUCAUGGACCCGGGUGACCGUGCGGAUAUCAUCGUCCACGUCGAGCCAUUUGGUGAGGAAACACGGGUGAUGAUGGCGUUUGCAAAGAAGAAUAUUCCGGAGAGGGUAGCGGGUAAAGUUUUGGAGACAUUUGAGCGGUGUUUGGAGCACAUCUCUCUACGUACAAACGAGGCUAUUGAUUUGGGAGAUUCUCGCUUGUCUCCUUUGCUUCCUGUCGACUGCAACAAAGUCAAAAUGGACGAGGACGAUUCAGAAGAAGACCACGGAGGCGAGGGAACAUGGGAACAAGCGGAAGCUUAUGUCAAAGAGACCUGGUCCGAUCUUUUGGCUUUGAAGUCUGCCGAGUUUGACGGGCUCAGAGAGAGGGAAGAGUCGUUCCUCAGUGUCUGGGGCAACCCUGUGUCUGCUGCGGCCCUUGCCCACGGAUACAGGAAGGAUGGCCUCGCCCUUUCUACCGAGGAUAUGUUGCGGCAUCAGACCGUACGGAGUCAAGUUAGACUGAUCUCCUCACUGCUGAGGACCUAA